AUGGAGGUUUUCUCACUGGCCCUUGGGAUAACACUAGCCAUUUUAUACACCGUGGGUUGUUCUCCGGUGACAACCAUAGGCACGGCCUCCGGUGCUACAUUUGUCGUCGACCUCAUCCAUCACGAUUCCAUUCAAUCCCCCUUUUACGAUUACGGAAUGACCUUUUCCCAACGCCUUAGUCGAGCUCUGCAACGCUCUUUCAACAAUGCCAAACGUUUCGAAUCGAACUCAUUGACGUACCAAACCCAAAUAAUCCCCGAUCAAGCGGAGUUUCUCAUGAACAUUUCGUUCGGAAAUCCAUCACAUCAAGUCUUGGCCAUCGCAGAUACCGGUAGCGAUUUGCCGUGGAUACAGUGUAAGCCUUGCAUUCAAUGCUAUAAGCACACAGGUUCGAUUUUUAACCCGAAGCUAUCUUCGACUUACAAAGCCCUUGGUUGUAAAUCAGAGACAUGCAAGACCAUAUCAUUGUUUGAUAACAAUUGCUCAUCAACGAAAAACUGUCAGUUUACCUUGAGUUAUGGCGACGGAUCUUAUAGCGUCGGUGAUGUCGCUACAGAAACCAUCAAAUUAGGUGGUCAGCCUCUCCAAGAUAUCGUUUUCGGAUGUUCGUUCCGCAAUGGCGGUGUUUUCCGAGAAACCUGGGGUGGCAUUAUCGGCCUCGGUGGAGGAGACUUCUCUCUUGUGUCACAAAUAAGUACUUUAGUGACACCCGAGUUUUCAUACUGCCUGAUUCCAUUCCCGACGGACGAUCAUUUGUCGAAACUGUCCAGUAAACUGAUCUUCGGUGACAUUAGUUCCGGGUCACAAGCCGUUUCGACUCCACUCGUCCCAAAAUGGCCGCGCACCUUUUACUAUGUCACGCUAGAAGGGAUCACUGUUGGCGAUAGACGACUGAAAUACAGCGACUCGACAAACCCCUUAAAGCGGAUGCACAAAGGGAACAUGAUCGUGGAUUCGGGUACAAUGUUAACAAUGUUACCUACGAAACUAUACGAAAAAGUCGAGACGGCUAUUAAGGAGAAUCUUACAGAUGUGAGAACUGUUAAAGACCCUCAGAAACAAUUGAGUUUGUGUUAUCGUGCAAAACGAGUUAAGCACGCCCCUGAAAUCACGAUGCAUUUCGAGGGGGCGGAUGUCCCGUUGCUUAGAUAUAACGUAUUUGUGAUGGUCAGUAAGCGUAUUAUGUGUCUAGCGAUGGCGCCGAGUUCAGAUAACGCGAUUUUCGGGAACUUGGCACAAAGUAAUUUUUUGGUAGGUUAUGAUUUAGGAAAGAGAAGUUUGUCGUUUAGGCGUACGGAUUGUACGGGGUUGAAGGUGUAA